AUGGCAAGCUCAGCGAUGGACCAACCUCCGCCACCCACACAACCAACAUGCACGUUUCAGAGUGCAGAAUCAACGCCGAGCUUUGCUUCACAACACGGCGCACCGAGCACAGUAAUUGACACCCCCUCCAUCGAUAUGUCUCCAGCCAACGAAGAUGGUCUGAUCCUCGACAUGCACGGAGGAGUGCCUAAGCUCCGCUCCACCUUGCAAGACGCCCGCGACUCGACCGGAGCAGCAAAAAGUAUUCUCCUCUCUCUCGGAUGGCUCGACCGACUCCUAUCACUCUUCAUCAUCGUCGCUAUGAUCCUCGGCGUCGUAAUUGGUGAAUUCGCCCCAAACGCAGCCGAAAAUCUCUCCAAGGGAGGGUUUCGCGAUGUAUCUGCUCCCUUGGUGGUAGGCUUGAUCGUCAUGAUGUGGCCCAUCUUGACCAAAGUUCAGUACGAAAGGCUUCCGCAGAUGUUUUCCACAAAGCGAUUAUGGUACCAACUCGCCAUGUCGUUGGUGCUCAACUGGGUUCUAGGUCCAUUCCUGAUGCUUGGAUUGGCAUGGGCCACAUUGCCAGACUUGGAUGAUUACAGGGUCGGAGUGAUCAUGGUCGGUUUAGCUAGGUGCAUUGCAAUGGUGAUGAUUUGGAACAAAAUCGCUCGCGGUGACAGCAACACUUGCGCUAUCAUUGUCAUUGUCAACUCUGUCCUUCAGAUCGUCCUCUACGCUCCGCUCGCGGUUCUGUUUGUCAACGUUAUCUCCAACGACGUUGCUUUCUCACUAGAUUAUUCAGACGUCGCGAUUGCUGUCGCCAUCUACCUUGGCAUCCCACUUGCAGCCGGUGUGCUGACCCGCUUCUUGGUACUCACACUGUUCGGGCGCCACUUUUUCCAUCAACGAUUCCUCCCCUUUUUUGGCCCCCUCUCGCUGAUUGCCCUCCUCUACACCAUUAUCAUCAUCUUUGCAGAACAAGCGCAGCACAUUCUGGACAACCUCGGACCCGUCUUCCGCACUUUUGUACCCCUGGUGCUCUAUUUCGCUUUGAUGUGGACGGGAAGCUUUGCACUCAUCUGGUGGUUGUCCGUUCGAUACGGUAAGACGGAAUGGGGUUAUCAGAUGGCAGUGGUACAGGCAUUCACGGCGGGCAGCAAUAAUUUCGAAUUGGCGAUCGCCGUCUGUGUGGCCGUCUUUGGGGUGGGAUCGGACCAGGCAUUGGCAGCAACAAUUGGACCCCUGGUUGAGGUGCCCGUGCUGUUAGUGUUGAGUUGGGUGGCGAUGUUUGUAGGCAAAAGGCUCCAGUGGGAUAAAGGGCUGCAACGCGCACAGAGACAGUCGAAGGACAAGAUGGAGCAAGACGCGAUGGCAGAUCUGGAAAUGUAG